AUGGCACACUGGUGUGGAAAGGGAACCAUCAAUAGUGAAACAUCUACCUGUAAUUUCUUAGCCACCUACCCUCCUAUCCAUGAACUAAAGAAUCACCCCUCUCAGAUAAAAUUGGGCACUUCUGUUUGUUACCAUACACUUCAGGGCCCAACGUGGCCAGGAGCAUGGGCCCUUAACACAUACAGCAAAAUCUCAGCAGACCUGGAUGAUGAUCUCAGCCUGGGGAGAGCCUAUGAAGCAAUAGCCAAGGUCCUGCAGAGCCAAGGAGAGAUGACAGAAGCAAUUACAUACUUGAAAAAAGUUGUGAGCAUUACAAAAGACAAUUUUCAAAGCCUAGAUAUUGUGAGAUCAAGUACAAUGCUUGGGGACAUAUACAAUAAAAAAGGAGACUACAGCAAAGCUUCUGAAUACUUUCAAGAAGCUUUUGAUGCAACAGUGGAGCUAAUGAACAUGCCUCUGAUGGAUGAAACAAAAGUUCAUUAUGGAAUAGCAAAAGCUCAUGACAUGAUGCUGAUGGUGAACAACUGUAUAGAAUCUGCAAAUCUCACCAGCCUCCAGAGCCUGCUGUCAUGGAAGGAGAAUAGGAGUAACAUUGGUCCUUAUCUGACUAUUGGGGAGUCUGGAAGAUCUGCAAUGGAAAAUUUAUCUCAAAACUCAGAAUAUUUACAUGAACUCCAUCGAUUUCCAGAUAAUCAAAAAAAUGAUAAUUAAGCAGCUUUUGGCUCAACAUCAAAGCAAGAAGAAAUUUACCGUGUCACCUCAGAGAUUGAUACCUGUAAUCGGAGCAUGUUAC